AUGGCCGCCGCGGGAGCGGCCAAGGUCACCGCGGCGGCGGCAGCCUCCGCAGUGUUCCGUAGCAACCAGGAGCUCACCCGCCUCGCGCGGUCGGGCCAGCUGGCGGCGGCGCGCCGCCUGUUCGACUCCAUGCCCCGCCGCAACACCGUCACCUACAACGCCAUGCUCUCCGCGCUCGCGCGCCACGGGCGGAUCGACGAGGCCCGGGCCCUCUUCGACGGGAUGCCCAGCAGGAACGCCGUCUCCUGGAACGCGAUGAUCGCGGCACUCUCGGACCACGGCCGCGUCGCGGACGCCCGGAGCCUGUUCGACAGGAUGCCUGGCCGGGACGACUUCUCGUGGACGGUGAUGGUCUCCUGCUACGCACGCGCGGGGGAGCUCGAGCUUGCCCGGGACGUGCUGGACCGAAUGCCUGGCGACAAGUGCACGCCGUGCUACAACGCCAUGAUCUCCGGGUACGCCAAGAACGGCAGGUUCGACCAUGCGGUGAAGCUGCUGCGGGAGAUGCCGGCCCCGGACCUUGUUUCAUGGAACUCGGCGCUGGCGGGGCUUACUCAGAGUGGGGAAAUGGUACGGGCACUGCAAUUCUUCGACGAGAUGGUGGAGAAGGACAUGGUGUCCUGGAAUUUGAUGCUGGAGGGUUUUGUGCGAGCUGGAGAUUUGGAUGCGGCCUCUGGCUUCUUUGCAAAGAUUGAAUCACCUAAUGUCAUCUCUUGGGUGACCUUGCUCAAUGGGUAUUGCCGGGCGGGGAGGAUUGGUGAUGCUAGAGACCUGUUCGACAGAAUGCCUGAGCGAAAUGCUGUGGCUUGGAACGUGAUGCUUGAUGGGUAUGUGCGGCUCUCGCACCUAGAGGAGGCCUGUAAGCUGUUCGAUGAGAUGCCAGGUAAGAACUCGAUCUCAUGGACAACAAUAAUAAGCGGAUUGGCACGUGCUGGGAAACUCCAAGAAGCGAAGGAUCUUCUCGACAAGAUGUCCUUCAACUGUGUGGCAGCAAAGACUGCGCUGAUGCAUGGGUAUUUACAGCGCAACAUGGUUGAUGAUGCUAUUCGAAUUUUUGAUGGAAUGGAGGUGUGUGAUACAGUAUGCUGGAAUACCAUGAUUUCUGGUUAUGUCCAAUGUGGAAUGCUUGAAGAGGCGAUGUUGUUAUUCCAGCGAAUGCCGAAUAAGGAUGCGGUUUCCUGGAACACCAUGAUUGCUGGCUAUGCUCAGGGUGGCCAAAUGAGCAAGGCAAUCGGUAUUUUCAGGAGGAUGAGCAGGAGAAAUACAGUAUCUUGGAAUUCAGUUAUCUCUGGAUUUGUUCAGAAUGGGCUCUUUGUUGAUGCACUCCAUCAUUUCAUGCUCAUGAGAAGGGGCACAUAUAGGGCUGACUGGUCUACUUAUGCAAGCUGUCUCAGAGCAUGUGCAAACCUGGUUGCUUUCCAUGUCGGGAGGCAACUCCACAGUCUUCUUGUUAGGAGUGGGCAUAUCAACGAUUCAUUUGCUGGAAAUGCCUUGAUUUCCACAUAUGCGAAGUGUGGGAGGAUAUUGGAAGCAAAGCAAAUCUUUGAUGAGAUGGUAGGCAAGGAUAUUGUUUCAUGGAAUGCAUUGAUUGAUGGCUAUGCUUCUAACGGUCAAGGGACUGAAGCAAUCUCAGUCUUCCGGGAAAUGGAAGCCAAUGGUGUGAGACCUGAUGAAGUCACAUUUGUUGGUAUCUUGUCAGCUUGCAGUCAUGCCGGAUUGAUCGAUGAAGGAUUGGGUUUUUUCUACUCAGUGACAAAAGAGUACUCACUGAAGCCAAUCGCUGAGCACUAUGCUUGCAUGGCAGACUUGCUUGGAAGAGCUGGGAAACUGAAUGAGGCAUUUGAACUUGUGCAAGGAAUGCAGAUCCAACCAAAUGCCGGCGUCUGGGGUGCAUUGCUUGGAGCAUGCCAGAUGCACAAGAACCAUGAGCUUGCACGGCUGGCUGCUGAGAAGUUGUCUGAAUUGGAACCUUGCAAGGCCUCAAAUUAUGUGCUGCUGUCAAACAUCAGUGCAGAAGCAGGUAAGUGGGAUGAAGCUGAAAAGGCUAGGGCUUCAAUCAAAGAGAAGGGAGCAAAUAAGCCACCUGGUUUAGCUGGAUCAACAUAG